CACGACACGACAACAACUGUGUCCUGUGUCAGUGUGCUCGGAACUAGAACAAUGAGCUGAAAACCACUUACCACUCUCAACGCUUUCCCCAUCUCAUCUCCUUCAUCAAUCCACACAGACCCACCAUCCAAAUCGUAACUGUCAACCAUUUCUUCAUAGCUCGUGUGUAAGGGAAAACAGUAAUUCACACCCAUCACAGUUCAAGAUCUUGCCAUUCCUCUCCAUUCACGCUCUCACUCAGGUGUGAAAGAUGGGAGCUGAGCAUGGAUGUCAAAUCAGUGUUUCUUUUAAGGCAAUUCACCAUUUAUGUGGCUGCAUCGGUUAUUACUAUUUGGAAUCUUAUAUCAGCACUUAACUGAUUGUGGCCUGCUGCUCAUUGCCAUUCCUGUCUUAUCAAUGAGCAUUUCUAAUAUAUGCCACUUGAUAUGAUUUCUCUACUUGCUAUAGCUCAAUUUUAAUUGAAUUAAAAGAACCCGCUCUCUCAUCAAGGUACGCUUUUCGACUGUUAGUUGGAAGACGCAUUCAACCAUGCACAACGCAUAUUUCAGCUCAGUGAUAUAUACUGUUAGGUGUAAAGAAUCAUAUUCUUUACCUUCCAAUGCCUACUCAAACUUUUGGUGUGAAAGAUUUGAUAGAACCCCAUCACACUGUUCAUCUUGCUGUGGUUAUUGUGAUUGCUGUGCACUCUCCACUUACAGAGUACCCAUAAAGCCUAUUCUUCUCAAUGGAUUGAGGCAAUCCGCUCUCCUUCAAUUGUCAGCAUCUAGAAGGUUGACUCUGGGUUGUGAAGACCAGUGCUUUUCCAGGACACCAGCUUACAGUCUUCUCAGAGGUUCUUUUGAGGUUAAUUGUUCGGCCAACGAGAGAACUGUUUGCAAUAGAAGUAGAAGGAGAAUAAAGGGAAGAUGUUAUUGUGCAGCCUCACAAAAAGGGAGAGAAAAUUUCCGUUCAGUUGGCUCUGAUGACUGUGAAUCAGUUCUCAGCAUUUUGAGUGAUGAAGCCGAUAAAGUUGCUAUUGAUGUCAAAUGGAAGAAUGUGUCUUCAUCCAAAAGAACGGAAGCUGAUAAGAAAAGGAAAAAUUUGAGUAGAGAGAAACAUUUAAGUUUGGCUGAGAGAGUAGAAACAGAGAAAAAUGGAAAUUUGAAGCAGCAUGAGACAUCCGCCAUAGACUUGAGAAGAGCGUAUGAAAGGCCCAACAAAGACAGGGAAGCCUUUACAAAAAGUGAAAAUCAAAGGAAGCGAAGAGAUGUGUCUAGUUGUUCAUCUUAUUACUCGCUUUCGUCCGGAGAUUUUGAGAGUGACCUGGAAGCUCAGCAAAAGAUUGAUGUGGAAGAAUUCUCACAGGGAUAUAAGAAGGAUGAAGCAAAUAAUAUGGAGGGAAAAGUAAAUGAAGAAUUCAAUAGGAAAAGAGAUGACUUGAAAAAGGUGCAGGGAAUUUCAAAGAAGGAAAAAAUUGCAUUUGCUGCGGAUAUUGAUUGGAACAUGAGGAAGAAGUCUGAAAAGAAGCUGGAAGAGGGAACUAUGCAAGAAAGAGAGUCCACGGGAGAAAACCAAGGUAUGCAUUCAAGAGUAUUUACAACAGAUGACUCCGGUUAUGUAAACGCAUCUACUUCACAAAAGCGAGUCAGUGAUGAAGAAAAUUCAUCUUUUGUUGACUAUUUGGAUAAGAAAACAAACAAGGCAUAUAUUCAAACAGGGAACAGAAGAACACAGCAUUCUACAGAUAUUGAAGUGUCUGGUUGUGAUGAAGUUGAGACAGCAUUGUCAUCACGAAGAACAUCCAGUGGCAGGAAAGGGAAUCUAGAAAUAUCAGAAACACUGUUAAAGGAAACAAGCGACGAACAUAGAAAAUUCAUUGGCUCAACUUCCACCACAGGAAAGGAAACUUUGAAAUCAAAGAAGACACAUAGUGGCAGGGAGGAAAACCUUCAGAUAUCAGAAACGCACAUACAGGAAACAAGUGGUGAACAUGAAAAGUUUAUUGGUUCUACUUCCACCACAGGAAAGAAUGUAAUAAAUAGAAGUUCCCAGAAAUAUAUUGGAAAUUCAAAUAUUGAAGACAGUGAAAGGACCUCAAAUAUUAGGAUGAAGAAUGUGGGAGAGAAAAAAAUUUCUUUGAGUUCUGUUCAGGGAGUGGAGGAGCAACACCAAAAAGGAGAGAUGAUCAUCACACAGGCUGAAGAGAGAAGAAGAAAGUCUCAACAAUUUUCUGAAGCAUCACAAGCUCAUGGGAAUAAUGUUGAAGACACAUCUAUUGCAAAGUCUAGAACUAGUCUAAAGAACUGGCAAGGAAAUUUGUACUUCAGCUCAAAUGCAAGGGCUACAGAGCUGCAAACUGAUAAAAGGACAACUGAAAGUUCUGUACACAGCAAAGGAUAUGAACAUGUCAGUACUUCAUCAGAAGGCUAUGCCAGUGAUGAAAAGCAAGUUUCAAGCUCUCAAAGAAGUUCUGAGAAAGUUAGAUUCAUCCCAAAAAGCAAAUUGACGACAGUUGUUAAAACUAGAGAAAGUUCUUCCCAAACUGAUGAAAGGAUUUUUGAAUUGACCAGUGAGGAGCAAAGACGUUGGAACACCUCCAGAGAGGAAUCAAGCUUCAAGGGAUCAUGGAAUCGGGUUUCUGUGGCUGGGGAAAGAGUGAUAUCAGCAGAAGGUGAUGAAAGAAGUUCUCCAAUAACAUUGAUCCCUUCCUCUCCCCAGAUGGGUGGAGGCUCAACUCAUGUUGAAUCCACCUCUGGAACAGCAAGCCCUCAGAUCUUCCUUGAAACUUUAGAAAGUGGCUCGUUUGCUUUGUAUGACAAGUCAGGAAAAAGCCCUGCUUUGCUUUCAGGACCAUAUUCUAGACAUGAAAGUGAUAAGGUGUAUAGCAAGCCUUCUAAUACCAUGGCUCCAGAAGAUGCUCUUGGUUCAGCUGGUCGUUUAGCGGAAUCAUCUAGUCAGUUUGUUGAUGAGUUCGUAGAGAGGGUCAGGCAUGAUGUUACAACAUCAGAAACACAGGAGAUGGAAGUUACUGGGACAAAUUUGGCCUUUGAUGUUGAGGGUAAUCGGGUCUAUAGUUCAACGCAACAAGGCACUCCAAUUUACCCUCAGUCAAAGAAGCAUGAUUCUAGCCGUUCCUCUGGGCUUCCUGGGAUCAAAGGCCCUGCUGAUGAAAUGUGGGAUGUAACAGAACCGUCUGUUGAGCAAGUUCCAGUAGUUGAAGAACCAGAGAUCAACAAGGAAACUGCGAAACCGAUUGUAAAUAGAACUGGCAGGUCUCUGUGGAGUAUAAUUUCAGAUGUUGUUCGAUUACGUUGGGGUUCACGCCCUGGGUCCUCCACUUCAGCUGGAAGAUCAGGUGAGAGAAACUCACCAAACAAAUCUGAUAGCGAGACAUGGUUUUCUGGGCAGGAGCAUGAGGAAACCAGUAAAAGUAAUGUACUAAAAGAAACAAGUGUCUCACCCGAAACCAUGAGUUCAGAUAAGUUAAUACCAGGUAUUCGUCAUCCCCAAACUGAGGGAGAGGUGUCUGACACACAAAAAUUGAAGGAAAAAGUAAAACAUCUUGAAGUUGGAUCAUCUUCUUCAAAUAGGUUGGAAAGUGGAUCAACAUCCGUAGCCGCCUCAUAUGCUUCCGGAGAGGAAAAUGCUAUUUUGACUGAAGAUGGAAAAGUUUUGAAAGAAAGUACUUCUGGCACAAAAAACAUAGAAUUACCAAUUUCAUUACCUGCCAGAGGGCAACCUAUUGUAGGAGAAAUUGUAAAUAUCAGUGGACCUGACAUGUCUGGAAUUGAACCAGUGGUAGAAAUCAAGGAUCCUGUUGCUCCAGUGCAGUCUGAAUUGUCUGGCUCAGAGAGAAAGGACGGAGAGUUGAAGCAAAGGAAGUUUCAGCGGAACAAGCAAGUUGGAAGAGAUAGGUUUGAUGAUUGGGACGAAGCUUAUAAAGUUGAACUGGAGCAGCGAAAAAUGGAUGAAAUGUUCAUGAAUGAAGCACUUUUGGAAGCCAGGAAGGCUGCUGAUGCUUGGGAGGUGCCUGUUGGUGCUGUUCUUGUGCAGGACGGAAAAAUUAUUGCACGAGGGUGCAACUUAGUAGAAGAGUCCCGGGACUCCACUGCCCAUGCAGAGAUGAUUUGUAUAAGAGAAGCUUCAAAACUGCUUCACACAUGGAGACUAUCAGAAACUACACUUUAUGUUACACUUGAGCCCUGUCCAAUGUGUGCUGGUGCCAUUCUUCAGGCAAGAGUAGAUACUGUUGUGUGGGGAGCUCCCAAUAAGCUUCUUGGAGCUGAUGGUAGCUGGAUUAGGCUUUUCCCUGAUGGAGGAGAAAAUGUCUCGGAACCAAGAGAUAUUCAACCUGCCCCAGUUCAUCCAUUCCAUCCAAAUAUCAAAAUAAGACGAGGGGUAUUGGCAACUGAGUGUGCCAAUGAAAUGCAGCAAUUCUUUCAGCUGAGAAGGAAAAAGAAUAAAGAAGAGUCAUCAAAGGAACACUCUCGCCUUGCUGUUACUCACCACCAUCCCUCCAAGUUACUUAACAAGAUACAGGACAUGUUCCACGUAAUGUUCUGUUUGUAAAAGAGGUUCACAUAUUUCCUCAUGUUUUAAAUGAUCAUCUUAAUUAAAUUGUCAAAUUGAGGAAUGGUCACCUUGAAAAGCACAAUGUUCAAGUUCUCGAGUCAUUUUCAACCAGCUAAGCUGUCAUGGACUUUCACACUCUGCCAAACCACUCUUGCAUACUUUCACUUCAAGUAACAACUUUGAACGCUUAAGCAUGUUUGAUUCCACUGUGAAAUAAUCUAGAAUCAAAUCUGGCUAGAUGCUACGAGUCUGCUUAUGAGUAAAUGUGUUUUGGAUUCUGAGCGAAAUGUAAAUCAAAACAUGUAGAUGAUGACAAGAAUAAAAUGAUAAUGAGGCCACUGUCAUUUUUUUCUC